AUGAUCACUCGCAAGCAAAUAAGCUCUCUUAAGCCUCACAUUCUCCCAUCCUUAAUCUCUCACAUUUCAUCACUUCCACCUGAACCAACUUCUUUUACGGAAGCCAACAAAUCAUCUCAUUGGGGACGUGCAAUGGCUGAAGAAUACAAUGCUCUUAUAGCCAACCGCACUUGGGAUCUUGUACCUGCACCACCUACUGCCAAUAUUAUCGGUUGUCGUUGGGUUUAUCGUAUUAAACAAAAAUCUGAUGGCUCUCUAGAGCGUUUUAAGGCUCGUCUUGUGGCCCAAGGCUACAAACAACAAGAGGAGUAA